AUGCAUCAUGACAUGAAAGUAAAUGCAGAAAAUGAAAACAAGCCAGAGUUGAUUGAGUUCUAUAACUUAACAAAAGGAGGUGUGGAUUGCUUGGAUCAGAAAUGUGCCAUUUUCUCUGUUGGAAGAAGAAGUCGUCGCUGGCCCCAAGUACUGUGGUUUGGUCUCUUGAAUAUCAGUGGAGUAAAUGCGCAUGUUAUUCUCAACUCAGUUGACCUGCAAACUAAACUAGAUCGAAGAAACUUUUUGAAAAAUCUAGGACUUGACCUUUGUCAGCCUCACCUAAAACGAAGAUCUCAGCUUAGCAGUCUACCACGUGAACUGGGGAUGACAGUUCAAAGGAUUGUUGAGGCACGACUUCCACCAGAAGAACGACCAUUGCCUGCUGCUCUUCCACCAGAAGAACGACCAGGCCCUGCUGCUCUUCCACAAGAAGAACCCCAUAGACCUGCGCAGAACCAACCACCACCAAAGAGACGCAGUUGCAGUAUCUGCCCGAGAAAGAGGGACCAGAAGCACCCAACUGAAUGCGAAAAAUGCUUACAAGCUGUCUGCAAGGCCCACAGCACUGUGCACAUUAUGUGCCACGACUGCAUAGACAACUAA